CAGUCCUCAGAAACCUCCAUCAACCCCUCCUGUUGGGAAAUAAUACAAUGCCCACUGAGGAGGGACCUGCCCCUUCUGCAAAAAAUGCAGAGAAGAAACAGGCCAAUCCACCAAGCAGGCAGGACAAAGUUGGCAGGACCAAUGAGAGGGACCAACCUGUUGCUGGCCCCUCCUCUGCUUCACACAGACAGGGCUUCUGCAGCUGCUGUCAGGUCCUGUACAACAAUUUGGAACAGCACAUCCUAAGUCCUCGUCACAGAGAGGUGGUACGGUCCACUCGGACGAAUGUCGCCUCUGGAAGCCUAAUGGAGAGAUUUCUCCAGGACGUCCUGCAUCACCACCCUCAUCGUUACAAUGACACACGGCCCACCCAUGCUGACCUGCCAAACCUGAGCACCCCGCUGGUUCCGAGGGAGGAGCUCUCCGAGGUGUACUGUGGAUCAGACAGUGACAGGGCCUCAGUCGGGACCCGCGAGGAGUUGCCCAGUUCCGACGAGGAGUCUUGCCACCUGCCGUCUGCCAAGGGCACCAGUUCAGCUCUGCUUAAGGGCCGAGAUCCAGGGACCACGGUUCCACCAGUGGUGGCAGAUGCUGCCGCGACAACCAGCAGCCAGACCCUUCCAGAAACGGGGAAGGCGAAGCUUGAUCCCCCUUCUUCCAAAAAGGACUCGCCCACACAAGGCUUCUUACAUAGGACUAGUGGCAGCGCUGCUACUGCCAAACCUCACACAACACAAAUCUCACAACCACUUCAGUCAGAGAACUCUCAGAUCCAAGCCCCUUCUCAGCCUGGUACCUCACAAGUUCAGCACAGAAAAGCGCACAGGAAAACCAACCGACACAUAGAGGAGAGCGAUUCAGCCCCAGCUUCCCCAGCCCCUAAGUGCAUUACCUCAAGGGACCAGCCCUGCCCGCGGCCAGGUGGCGGCGAGGAUCCAGACGAUCCAGUGUGGACGUCUGUCCUGCCUCCUUGGAAGGGACCGCACAGGGAACGGACGUUCAGCGUCCAGUCGGACCAGGUCCGGGACGUGAUAGAGGAAGUCAUAGAGAGAUACUGCUACGGGCGCAGUCCCAGACGAGACCAGAAGGAGGACGAGGAGAGCUUCCAUGUGAGCCUGCAGUCCAUGAGUGACUCAGGAGUCAGCGAAGGGUGGGAUGAUACUGUAAAAUUAGUGCUAGGGAAAGCCAAGGCGGACGACAAAAACUUGGCCUGCCUUAUGGAGGUGCACGUGGAUCUCGAGGACCAAGGCUACAAGACGCAGCUUGACUCUGCUCUGAACACCAUCCUGCUGCCUGGGGAGGACACUGGAGAGAUGGGACCUCGAUGGGCAGCCGAGGAAAACGCCGCCGAGGAGGUCCUUCCUGACCUGCCUCAUAUCCCACAAUCCUUUGUGGGGAAGACGUUAGCACAGGUGAUGUUUGAGGACGACCUCAAGGUGGAUUCCUUAGUAAAAGAGUUUCGGCAGGGUCGUUUCCGCUGCUAUUUCGAAAGCGAGUCCCUCGCCCGGUUUGGGAAGCACAUCAGGAAAGGGAAAAAGACCAGGAAGCAAGAGGAGAAAAAGGGAGAUGGUGCCAGAUGGGACUGCAGGGAUGUCUUACCACUUAUGGAGCACCACGAAGAGGAGCCAAAGCUCCCUGAGACUUUCAGAAAGACUAGACGACGACUCUACCGGCUUGCAUCGCGUUGCCAGGUUGUGAAAGUAAGCCACGGAACACAGACCACCCCGCAGAGCUGCCCGAUGAUAAAGCAGAGAGCAACGCAACAGGCAACGGACACAGCGCCAGACGAGCCGCAACCCCCAAAAAACCCGAGCCCAGAGCGGACCCCUGACAUGAAGACAAGGCUUUGCGCUCUGAGGCUACCAGCCUCAUACUGUAGAAUCAUGAGCCCCGUGCAGCCGAAAACGGUCGUGUACGUGCUGUCGUCUCCAGACACAGCUCAGGGGACCACCAAGCCUACGUCCAUCAGGAGGACUGGAAGGAAAAGGAAGUCGUGUGACAGCGAAGGCAUGUUGAAGUACAAAUACAAAAAGACCCCGCUCAAGUAUUACGACCCCUUGACCAACAGAAUCUUGAAAACGCCGCCCAAGGGGACGGCCUCCGCCCCCAAAGCCAAACUGCCGCACGUCCGACAGUUGUUCCGGAGCCUCAGCCCGGACAUCAACAAAGAGUGGCACGGCGUGGACUACGGGCGGGAGGGCAGGAGCUCCCGGAGAGCCCGGACGGGCAGCAGCUUGGCCGAUCUCUGCGCGUCAACCUCGGGCUCGGCCCCGUCCGAGCCCGAUUCGUCGGCCUCCAGCAACCGCAGAGCCAUGUUCAGCCGUUCCUCCAUAUCGAGCGGCAGCCGUUUCCUGCUGAGCACGUUGACACCCAGCGCCUCCCACACCGACGGUUCGUCCAGGGCGCCUGCCAAGUCCCGCACGAGCAGCUCCCACAAGACGAUCAGUUCCAAGCUGGGCGUGGACGAAGACAAGAGCGGAAUCCAGAUGGAUCGAAGGCGCGCCAGACGGAGAUCACGCAGGGAGGGGUUGACCGAAAAGCCUCUGACGCCGGCGAAAAGGCCGUCGGCGCCCCCUUAUCGUACGAGGAGAGUGUCUACCAAGUCCAGGCCCAGGGCGAAGUCGUGCGGUUCUCUCCAGCGUAAAGUUAGCGCUCGCAAGUCUGCUGAAUGCAGGACGUCACCCAGAAACAGGAGCCCCGCGAGGGCCUCUCCCAGAUUAUCCGCGUCACCAAAACCAACCAGCCAUAAGCCUCUGUCAGAUCCCCCUUCCCGAACCAUCCCUAACCUUGAGAGCUCUGCUGUAAGAAAGAGUUUGAGGGGGAGGACAGCACCUGCACAUUAGGGGUGUAACGUACAAGAAACUCACAGUUUGGUAUGUAACACGGUUAUAGUCUCGCAGCUCGGAAUGUUUUUGUUAAAGAGAGA